UGGCAUGAAUGCUGCUGGUAGGAGGCCCCUGAGUGAAAAAUUGCCUCAAAAUCCUUUGGUGCUCCUUCCUUAGGAAAACCUAUGGUUUGGGGAUCACAGCUGUUUUGACGCUGUCUGCCAGGUAGCCUUCUGAUGGGCCUUAAGCUUUGGAGUGGCCAUGGACAUGUUUUUUCUCAGAUGACAGAAUUACGCCAACUUCCCCUCUGCAGCCGCUUCCUUUCCUUACAGGUAGCUGUACGGUAUUUUCUUUAAAAACCUCUUCCUGCCAGAGUUGCCUGCCAUGCCGACUGUCAUUAGCCCAUCCGUGGCCACCCGGACAAGGGCUGAGCCCAGGUCCCCAGGGCCAGUCCCCCAUCCAGCCCAGGGCCAGACCACCGAGGCUGGGGGUGGACAUCCAAGUGGCAUCUACUCAGCCAUCAUCAGCCGCAACUUUCCCAUUAUCGGCGUGAAAGAGAAGACAUUUGAACAGCUUCACAAGAAAUGUCUAGAAAAGAAGGUUCUUUAUCUGGAUCCUGAGUUCCCACCAGAUGAGACGUCUCUUUUUUAUAGCCAGAAGUUCCCCAUCCAGUUUGUGUGGAAGAGACCUCCGGAAAUUUGUGAGAACCCCCGAUUUAUCAUUGGUGGAGCCAAUAGGACUGACAUCUGUCAAGGAGAUCUAGGGGACUGCUGGUUUCUUGCAGCCAUUGCCUGCCUAACCCUGAAUGAGCACCUGCUUUUCCGAGUUAUACCCCAUGAUCAAAGCUUCACUGAAAACUACGCAGGGAUCUUCCACUUCCAGUUCUGGCGCUAUGGAGACUGGGUGGAUGUGGUUAUCGAUGAUUGUCUGCCAACGUACAACAACCAACUGGUUUUCACUAAAUCCAACCACCGCAAUGAGUUCUGGAGUGCUCUGCUGGAAAAGGCCUAUGCUAAGCUCCAUGGUUCCUAUGAAGCCCUGAAAGGUGGGAAUACCACAGAGGCCAUGGAGGACUUCACAGGAGGGGUAACAGAGUUUUUUGAGAUCAAGGAGGCUCCCAGAGACAUGUACAAGAUCAUGAGGAAAGCCAUUGAGAGAGGCUCCCUCAUGGGCUGCUCCAUUGAUACAAUUGUUCCAGUUCAGUAUGAAACAAGAAUGGCCUGUGGGCUAGUCAAAGGACAUGCCUACUCCGUCACUGGACUAGAGGAGGCCACAUUCAAAGAUGAGAAGGUGAAGCUGGUACGGCUGCGGAACCCCUGGGGCCAGGUGGAGUGGAAUGGCUCCUGGAGUGACGGCUGGAAAGACUGGAGCUUUGUGGACAAAGAGGAGAAGGCCCGUCUACAGCACCAGGUCACUGAGGACGGAGAGUUCUGGAUGUCCUAUGAUGACUUCAUCUACCAUUUCACAAAGCUGGAGAUCUGCAACCUCACAGCUGAUGCCCUGGAGUCUGAUAAGCUUCAGACCUGGACCGUGUCCGUGAACGAGGGCCGCUGGGUGAGGGGCUGCUCUGCUGGAGGCUGCCGCAACUUCCCAGAUACUUUCUGGACCAACCCACAGUACCGUCUAAAGCUCCUGGAGGAAGAUGAUGACCCCGACGACUCCGAGGUGAUCUGCAGCUUCCUGGUGGCCCUGAUGCAGAAGAACCGUCGCAAGGACCGGAAGCUGGGGGCCAACCUCUUCACCAUUGGCUUUGCCAUCUACGAGGUUCCCAAAGAGAUGCAUGGGAACAAGCAGCACUUGCAGAAGGACUUCUUCCUGUACAACGCCUCCAAGGCCAGGAGCAAAACCUACAUCAACAUGCGGGAGGUGUCCCAGCGCUUCCGCCUGCCUCCCAGCGAGUACGUCAUCGUGCCCUCCACCUACGAGCCCCACCAGGAGGGGGAGUUCAUCCUCCGCGUCUUCUCAGAGAAGAGAAACCUCUCCGAGGAAGUUGAAAAUACAAUCUCUGUGGAUCGGCCAGUGCCCCGGCCUGGCAACCCAGACCAGGAGAGCGAGGAGCAGCAGCAGUUCCGCAACAUUUUCAAACAGAUAGCAGGGGAUGACAUGGAGAUCUGUGCAGAUGAGCUCAAGAACGUCCUUAACACAGUUGUGAACAAACACAAGGAGCUGAAGACGCAAGGCUUCACGCUGGAGUCCUGCCGCAGCAUGAUUGCGCUCAUGGACACAGAUGGCUCAGGGAGGCUGAACCUGCAGGAGUUCCACCACCUGUGGAAGAAGAUCAAGGCCUGGCAGAAAAUCUUCAAACGCUACGAUACAGACCAUUCGGGCACCAUCAACAGCUACGAGAUGCGAAACGCAGUCAACGACGCAGGCUUCCACCUCAACAGCCAGCUCUACGAUAUCAUCACCAUGCGCUAUGCAGACAAACACAUGAACAUCGACUUUGACAGCUUCAUCUGCUGCUUUGUCAGACUGGAGGGCAUGUUCAGAGCUUUUAAUGCAUUUGACAAGGAUGGAGAUGGUAUCAUCAAACUCAAUGUUCUCGAGUGGCUGCAGCUCACCAUGUAUGCAUGAACCAGGCUGCCCUUGUCCAAGGCCACGCAGGAUCACUCAGGAUUUCCACUGUAUCUAAUAUCGCUAGAGGCCCUGGCCUCCAGGCGCUUCCCCGGUCGGUUCUCCUCCAGGUCCCUCUAUCUUGUCUUGAUGAGUAGCCUGACUCUUGGAGCACACCUCUGUCCCUCUGCAAGUGUCUGCCUCUGCUAGGUGCAGCGUAGUGCAGAGGUCUGCUGAUUCUGAAGCAAACGCUCUCCUGUAGCUUGUACCAGGCUGACUGCAGAGCCGCCGCUAGAAGCCCAUCACCUGUAUGCUUUCCCACUCAUGGGACAAAAGCCAAACCUGAACUUGGUUCUGUCUGACUGUUUUAGGAUGGGCCUGGCUCUGGGGUAAACAAAUCCAGUGGAACAGGGUUGGAUACUUUUGAGUUGUCUGACUCCUAAGUUUAGCUGCAUUCAGAGAGAAGUUGAUCUAAAUAAAGGCAUGUGUAC